AUGUUUCAGCCCCAAUCGAUGCCGUUUUCGCCCUCGUCUUUCUUUUCUUCGUUGCCUCCAUUUCAUGGGGUAGACUUUUCCAGUGUCUAUGACCUGCCCGAAGCCACAGGUGCAGCAGAAAGGGCGCUUAGCCCCACCAAUCGAGGGCAACAGCCGCAGUCUCAGGACCUGGCUCAUCAUACCCACAUGUUGUCCUCAUCUUGUGCCACAGCCGUUCUCCACCCACCUCAACAGCAUCUGCACUUGAGCCGACGACUGUCGCAGCACCCCCAUCCUCCAGAGGCGUCCCAAGUCGGCAAUAGUCAACUUCGACAUCAGCUCAAGCCGCACGGAAGGAUGGAGGGAGAAAACAGCCAUGACUUGGCUUCUCAGCAACAGGCAGCAGAAGAAUAUCAACCCGAUCUUCAGGAUUCCCUAGUCGGAGACAAAGCUCCUUGUGAAGCCAUCACACAUGAAUACGCCAAAGCUGACCAAGUCUAUGUGGAGAAAACGGUCGCCCUGCCCCAAACUUACUCUCAUUAUCGUCCUGUUAGGGGCGACGGCAACUGCGGCUGGAGAGCAAUCGGAUUCUCAUACUUUGAGAAACUUGUUAAUGUUGGUGAUCAAAACCAGAUUGAGGGAGAGGUUGCUCGGUUGAAAAGCUUGAACCACCUUUUGGCCACUGUGGGAGGUUACGACUAUUUUGAAGAUUUCGCCGAUGAGGCGUUUGAUCUCUUGCGUGAAGUUGCAGUCAUCAUCGAAAGACCUGAGACGGCACAUGAUUUGAUUCACCAGAAAUGGAACGAGACGGCAGUCGAAGGCAGCCUGAUCUUCUACUUUCGUCUGCUUGCGGCGACAUAUCUCAAAGCACAUGCCGCCACAUACGAACCUUUUAUCCCUGGAGGACAGAGCGUUGCUGCAUACUGUAGUCAAAAUAUCGAAGUCGUGAACCGGGAGAUUGAGCAGCUGGGGAUUAUUGCAUUGGUAAACAUUCUCCUCAAGCCUGUCAAUUUCGUCCUUGAAAUAGCAUACCUAGAUCGCAGUCCAGGCACCCAAGUCAACCGUUAUCGCUUCCCGGAGGAAGCGAAUGAAAAGGAUGCUUCAGGCUUGGGUCCUAUAAUCUACCUUCUCUACAGACCAGAUCACUACGACAUCCUGUACCGAUCGCAGCCGGUCAGUCUUCCAGCAACAUCAUCUCCGCCGCAACUGUCCGUGCAAGUGAACCGAGUCACUGGUUUUACACACGACACAGCAUUUUCGAGCACAGCCGCUACCUUGGGGGCCUUUGCAACAGCUGACUAUGGUACUUUGAGCAUGAUACCGGGGCUCAGUACCGGAGGUGGGGCCGGACUUACGGGAUUGGUAUCAAUGGCAGCAGCAUCUGGAGCAGCUAGUCCGAUAGUUAGCGAUGGGUUCUCAUCGUCUCAUCAAGACCCAUGGCUCACGCCAUACGGAUCGGAAGUGUCGUCCAGCAAGGAAGCAUCACCGUCGCAGCCACCCUCGGCGAUUACGUCGGCUCACCCGUCAUCACCACCUGCUCCACUAACACCCACCACACCGAUGUGUUCAUCUUCGUCGUUAAUGGCUCCAAGCCUGAGUCUGGUCUCUCAACAGCUUUCCCAGCACGUCCCUGCACCCGCUGCAGGAGCAGGCUAUCCCAUUCGGUUCAGUCCCCAUCAGCUAGAAUAUGAAAGCAAUAGCUUCCCCGAGCCGACUUUUCAAGUGACGACAAACACUUUCAAGAAUAGCGUUUGGAACCGCGCGCAUUACGGAAAUCCGGACUUUCAGCCUGAGGAAUGGAACCCCGACGAAGACAGUAUCGAUCACCGAUUGUCGGGGAAGAAGAAAGCCCGAAAAGACUCAAACUAA